AUGUGCUGGUUCCAAAAGUUGUACAGGUUGGUUUUAGCUGUGAGCUUUUAGAGAGAAAAAAAUAAUUUUUUAGUCUUCCUAUCUUGGCUUCCACACUCCUCAUCCUAAUUUUAUUAUCAUCACAACCCACACAAUCGGAGGCAACAUCAAUGCGAUUGUGUGGUUCUCGACUGGUUCAAACACUUCAAGCAGUAUGUAGAAAUCAGAUAUGCAGUGGAAUGAGUGCCUUCAAACGUGAGUUCCAAACUUUUUUCAAAAUUUUUUUCAAAAAAAUUCGGAUUUUUUGUGUUGUAAAACAAGACUAGGGCAGAUUUAUCAUAUUUAUUACAAAAACUUCGAGCUGCCUUUAACAAUUUCUUCGAAUUUGCAUCUCCAAACCAAUAAUUAGGGUGUCAUUUAAAACUAAAACUAAGUAUUAAUUAAGUUUUAACCACCACAAUAAAUAUCAUUCUGUACUUGGAAAUCUUAUGUCAUAAGUAAUUGUAGGUUGAGAUUAGUCAUUUUGAGAAAUAUCACGAGUUGCAAAGUAAAAAAUAUUGAAUGGUGUGAGAAGAGCCUUUGAUCUGAUGUCUCAUCCUUUAUUUCAGGUUCACCGUUUUACCGUUCACGAGAAAGUGCUGCAACUUGGGCCCCAGCGACACACGAACUAUUCCGAAUGCAUCAUGAAAAUAAACGAGGUGGUAUCGCGACAGAAUGUUGUGAGAAUCGAUGUACAAUGACAUAUUUGAAGACAUACUGUUGUCCCGAAGGCGAUUUGAUGAAUUAA